AUGCUCGCUGUCCGUUCCAUGUUCCGGGCCGGCUCGCGCGCGGCUGUGCCUCUCCGCACGUUUGCGACGUCGUCGUCGCGCAACGCGAACACGCUGCUCUUUGUGGAGCACAAGAAGGGUGCCAUCAACCCUGCCUCGCUGUCGGCGCUGACGGCGGCGCAGAAGCUGGGCGGCGAGAUCCACGCUCUCGUGGCCGGCUCGCCGAGCGAGGCCAAGUCGGUGGCCGAGGCUGCCGCGAAGGUGUCAGGCAUUGCGAAGGUGCUCGUGAGCACAUCGGAGGCGUUUGCGAACCAGCUGUCGGAGCCGCUCGCGCCCCUGAUCCAGUCGCUGGUCGAGGCCCACUCGUACACGCACGUCGUGGCAGGCCACACGGCUGUCGGCCGUGAUGUGAUUCCCCGCGCGGCUGUGCUGCUGGACGCCUCGCAGGUGUCGGACAUUGUCGCUGUCGAGGGCGAGGACACGUUUGUGCGCCCGAUCUACGCCGGCAAUGCGCUUGCCACGGUCAAGUCAAGCGACAAGAUCAAGGUCGUGACGGUGCGCGGCACUGCCUUUGACGCUGCGAGCGCCGAGGGCGGCAGUGCGAGCACUGAGGAGGUGGACGCCGGUGAAGCACCGACGCCGACCCGGUUUAUUGAGGAGCAGGUGAGCGAGUCGACGCGCCCGGAUCUGGCGACCGCGGCCCGUGUCGUGUCGGGAGGCCGUGCGCUCAAGUCCGCCGAGGGCUUUGCGAAAUACAUUGAGCCGCUCGCUGACAAGCUGCACGCGGCCGUUGGCGCCUCGCGUGCGGCUGUGGACGCGGGCUACGCAGACAAUGCGCUGCAGGUCGGUCAGACGGGCAAGAUUGUCGCGCCCGAGCUGUACGUGGCGGUCGGCAUUAGCGGUGCGAUCCAGCAUCUGGCCGGUAUGAAGGACAGCAAAACGAUCGUGGCCAUCAACAAGGACCCCGAGGCGCCCAUCUUCCAGAUUGCAGACCUGGGUCUCGUCGCGGACCUGUACGAGGCUGUACCUGAGAUGACUGAGAAGCUCUAA